AUGCUGUCCAACUUGAAAUACUUCGCUAUCUUGGCUGCCUUUGCCCCUGCAUUUGCAGCCCCCGUUACGGGAGGCGUAGCUGACGUGGUUUCCGUUGAUAACAAUGUUGCCUUGAACUCCAAGCGUGGUUCAAGUUACUCGUAUGAUCAGCUCGAAUCGAUCGUCUCAAACGUAGCAGGCAACACGGGUGUCAGUUUUCCAAACAACAAGCGCUCUGAUGCUGGCCAUUCCGCGGCCGUAGAUACCGUCCUCGAAGAGCUCAAUGACAAACUUCUUGCGCGGGCCAAGUACUCUGAAUAUAGUCUUAGCGAAAUUACCAAUGCACUCGCAACCGUUCUUGCUGACUCCUGA